CUCUGCCGAGUCUCGCGAAGAGCAUCAGACUGCACCUUUUCCCUCUCAAGAGGACGGAGAGAGAAGAGAGAGAGAGAGACAUUGAGUUAAAACAGAGAGAGAGAGAUAAGGAAGGAGAGCUAGAAAGAGAGAGAGAGAGCGGGAGGGAGAGAGAGAGAGCGCAAGCGAGGGGGAGAGCAAUAGCACCUUGUCGCCUGGAGGCGAGCCUGUGAUAAUUUUGUCCCUGUUCGGUAGACCGGCUCUAUCUACCACCAGGCGCGCCGGUGCUCUCUCCUCUCUCGCGCCUUUGAAAUCCUUCUCAGAUGGAAAGGGAAAUCGAUGGGUCGCGCGCCGCACUGUUGUCACGGAACCACCAGAUGUGCGUGAGGUCGCUGGAGAGAGUGAUGACGUGGCAGUGAAAGACGCACAUACCUCACUCAAACACACUCACACAGAUAUUUGCCCACACACUCUUUUAUUCUUGCCCUACUAGGAUAGAGAGAAGGGGUGAAGUUCAGCUAUGACGGCGCCAUUUCUCUCCAUUACCAAUGUGUGAGCCACACACCCACACACACACACACACACACACACUCUCAUACUCCGUGGGGAGUUGGCUUCAUGGGGGAUAAGGCCCUAUCUAGGGCACAAAGAUGGAAUUCACAUUUGUCACUUAUUUAACACUCACACAGAUGAACACACAGAUACACACUCCUGGAAUCUCAUAUGUCAGAAGUGAAGAAUGAAAGACUGAAUGGAGAGGAGGCAUUGAUCGUAUCAGAGAACACACAAACACCAGACCAAGGCAGAAGAAGAUUCACCAAGAGUGCUGAAAGGACAGAGGGAGCUGCUGCUUGACCCCUUUCCCUACUGGGGCUGUAUCAUAUAGAAGCCUCGCUCUGUGAAGAGCACUACCAAAAAAGCAGGGUGCACCUGAGCCACAAAGAAAGGGUUCCACCAAGUGCCCUGCAGUUGUCACAAUGAGCUGUAGGCUAGAGGGAACACCCCAGCUCUAGCCUCUAUCUCCUCCAGUGUGUGUGUGAGUGCGAGCGCGAGUGUGUGUAUGAGUGUCAUGGCGGUGUGUGUGUGGGCGGCAGCCCCCCUGCUCUUCCUGGGGCUGUGCCUGUGCAGCGUGGGGGGCCAGGCCCAUGGGGAAGCCCUGGAGUUUGGAGGAGUGUCCAGCCAGUGGGGGCGGUUUCCGGUGUGGAACGCCUGCUGCGAGAGUGUGCUGAGCUUCAGCCUGCGGACUCACAGCCAGGAGGGCCUGCUGCUCUACCUGGAUGAUGAGGGUUUCUGUGACUUUCUUGAACUGUUGCUUCUCCACGGCCACCUCCGCCUGCGCUUCUCAAUCUUCUGUGCUGAGCCAGCAGAACUGCAAUCAGGUGUGGCUGUGAGUGAUGGGCACUGGCACGCAGUGCGUGUCAAGAGGGACUGGAGGAACACCUCUUUGGAGGUGGACGGACGACUGGAGGGUUGGGCGGAAGUGAAGAGCAAGAGAAGAGACAUGACCGUAUUCAGCCACACCUACAUAGGCGGGGUGACGCCAGAGCUACACUCCUCGCCGCUGCGCCUCACAUCCCCUUCGGUACGGGAACACCCCCCCUUUCGUGGCUGGAUCACGGGGGUGAGCAUCAACGGCACACAAUCGACGUUGGAGAGCUCAGGGGGCGUCACAGUAACAGCUGGCUGUGGGCCGGACCACCAGUGCCAGAACGGAGGGGUGUGCAGCGUGGUCAACGACCAGGCCGUUUGUGACUGCUCCGACACCGGUUUCCAAGGGAACGACUGCAGCGAAGGUCUGGCACACCUGAUGAUUGGCGACCAAGCUCGAGAGGAUUACGUUGCAACCUUCAAGGGCUCCGAGUUCUUCUGCUACGACCUUUCACCCAACCCCAUCCAGUCGAGCAGCGAUGAAAUCACGCUUUCCUUCAAGACUCUGCAGCGCAACGGCCUGAUGCUGCACACCGGCAAGUCGGCCGACUACGUCAACCUAGCUCUGAAGAACGGGGCCGUGUCACUCGUCAUCAACCUAGGCUCCGGGGCCUUCGAGGCCUUGGUGGAGCCCGUCAACGGCAAGUUCAACGACAACUCCUGGCACGACGUCAAGGUCACCCGCAACCUGAGACAGCACUCAGGCAUUGGACACGCUAUGGUAAACAAACUCCAUUGUUCGGUGGUGUACAAGAACAACGACGUACGGUUGGAGCUGUCGAAACUGGCUAAACAGGGAGACCCAAAGAUGAAGGUUAGUGGGGUGGUGUCCUUUAAGUGUGAGAGUGUGGCUACGCUGGACCCCGUAACCUUUGACACCCCUGAGUCUUUCGUGGCACUGAGCAAGUGGUCAGCGAAGAAGGCGGGAUCCAUCUCGUUCGACUUCAGGACCACAGAGCCAAACGGGUUGAUGCUUUUCAGCCACGGCAAACCCCGACAGCAGGAACGCAAGGACCCACGCACGCCUCCUACACUCAAGGUGGAUUUUUUCGCCAUUGAAAUGCUGGACGGGCACUUGUACUUACUGCUGGACAUGGGCUCAGGAACCACCAAGACCAGGGCAAUGGACAGAAAGGUCAACGACGGAGAGUGGUAUCAUGUGGACUUCCAGAGGGACGGACGCUCAGGAACCAUCUCGGUGAACAGUGUGAGGACAGCGUACACGGCCCCGGGAGACAGUGAGAUCUUGGAUCUGGACGAGACUUUGUACCUCGGGGGGCUACCUGAAGACCGCGCUGGACUCAUCUUCCCUACAGAGGUGUGGACGGCUCUGUUGAACUACGGUUACGUGGGCUGCAUCAGAGAUCUGUUUGUGGACGGGCAGAGUAAAGACAUCCGGAGGUUGGCCGAGGCCCAGAGGGCGGUGGGGGUGAAGCCCUCGUGCUCCAGAGAGCAGCCCAAACAGUGCAUGUCCAACCCCUGUCAGCACAACGGCAUCUGCAGGGAGGGCUGGAACCGCUACGUGUGCGACUGCUCCGGGACGGGGUACCUGGGACGCUCCUGCGAGAGAGAUGCGACCAUCCUGUCGUACGACGGCAGUAAGUUUAUGAAGGUGCAGUUGCCCGUGGCGAUGCACACCGAGGCGGAGGACGUCUCGCUACGCUUUCGCUCCCAGCGGGCCUACGGGGUUCUCAUGGCAACCACAUCCCGUAACUCCGCAGACACCCUUCGUCUGGAGCUGGAUGGGGGCCGUGUCCGACUCACUGUCAACCUAGACUGUAUCAGGAUAAACUGUACAGCCAGUAAAGGUCCAGAGACCAUCUUUGCGGGCUUGGGCCUCAAUGAUAAUGAGUGGCACACGGUGAGAGUAGUCCGGCGUGGCAAGGGCCUGAAACUCACCGUAGACGACCUGCAGCCUGUCGAAGGUCAGAUGGCGGGCGACCACACCCAGUUGGAGUUCCACAAUGUGGAGACGGGUAUUGUGACGGAGAAGCGCUUCAUGCCUGCCGUGCCUUCCAAUUUCAUCGGCCACCUUCAGGGCCUGACACUGAACGGCAUGCCCUACAUUGACCUGUGCAAGAACGGCGACAUCGACUACUGCGAGCUCAACGCUGUUAUUGGCUAUAAGAGCAUCGUGGCUGACCCCGUCACCUUCCGCUCCCGCUCCAGCUUCGUCACGUUGCCCACGCUGCAGGCCUACUACUCCAUGCACGUCUUCAUGCAGUUCAAGACCACGUCCCCCGACGGCCUGGUUCUCUACAACAGGGGAGACGGCAACGACUUCAUUGUGAUAGAGCUAGUUAAAGGCUACCUACACUACAUUUCUGACCUGGGCAAUGGAGCACACCUGAUCAAGGGCAACUCUAACAGUCCUCUAAAUGAUAACCAUUGGCACAACGUACACAUCUCCAGAGACACUAACAAUCUCCACACGGUCAAGAUUGACACCAAAGUCACCACGCAGACCACCAUGGGCGCCAAGAACCUCGACUUAAAGGGUGACCUGUACAUCGGGGGCGUCUCCAAAGAGAUGUACCGAGAACUGCCGAAGCUGGUCCACUCCCGUGAGGGCUUCCAAGGUUGUCUAGCAACAGUUGAUCUAAAUGGCCGACUCCCUGAUCUUUUGGCUGAUGCACUUGCAACCAUUGGACAAGUGGAGAGAGGCUGUGAAGGUCCCAGCACUACAUGUCAAGAAGACUCUUGUUCAAAUCAGGGAGUUUGUUUGCAGCAGUGGGAGGGCUUCACCUGCGACUGCAGCAUGACGUCGUAUGCUGGGCCGCUAUGCAAUGAUGCUGGGACCACUUAUAUCUUUGGCCGUGAUGGAGGAGUGGUGGUUUACACGUGGCCCCCUAAUGAGCGUCCCAGCACCAGAGCAGACCGCCUGGCCCUGGGGUUCAGCACACAACAGAAACACGCCACUCUGCUGCGGGUUGACAGCGCGUCUGGUCUCGGAGACUACCUUCAGCUGCAGAUAGACAAAGGCAACAUUAGAGUAGUGUUUAAUGUCGGCACUGAUGAUAUCAACAUCGAGGAGAGCUCCAAGUUUGUCAACGAUGGAAAGUAUCACAUAAUUCGAUUCACUCGCAGCGGAGGCAAUGCAACCCUUCAACUGGACGACCUGCCAGUCAUCGAACGCUAUCCCUCAGGCAACAUUGAUAACGAGCGCCUGGCCAUCGCCAGACAGCGAAUCCCCUAUCGGCUCGGUCGAGUAGUUGACGAUUGGCUACUCGACAAAGGUCGCCAGCUGACCAUCUUCAACAGCCAGACGACGGUGCGUGUAGGUGGAGGUGGAGGAGAGCGCAAUGCAGGCAUGUUCCAGGGUCAGCUUUCCGGACUUUACUACAACGGCCUCCGCAUCCUCAACAUGGCCGCCGAGGGGCACCCGCACAUCAAGGUGGACGGCAGCGCGCGGCUGGUCGGAGACAUGCCGUCCUCCUCCAUCACGCCGCAGUCCAGUGCUGCAGCUGGAGGGAACCGCUCUGACUCCGCCCCCUCCAUAAGUGACAUCACAACCACCACAGCCACCAACAAGAAACAGGGUGCCACUCAGCAGUCGGCAGACGACCUGCUGGUGGCGUCAGCUGAGUGUCCCAGCGACGAUGAAGACAUUGACCCCUGUGACCCCAGUUCAGCCCGCCCCCCUCUGCCGGAUGGGAAGGUAUUCCCGGGUCCGUCUGAGGUGGUCCGGGAGAGCAGCAGCACCACAGGGAUGGUGGUGGGCAUCGUGGCAGCCGCGGCCCUCUGCAUACUCAUCCUCCUCUACGCCAUGUACAAGUACCGUAACCGCGACGAGGGCUCCUAUCACGUGGACGAAAGCCGCAACUACAUCAGCAACUCAGCCACACAGCCCAACGGCAGCGCCAAGGACAAACCGCUGGGGAUCGCCAAGAUCUCCAAGAACAAGAAGAACAAAGACAAGGAGUACUACGUCUGAGGCGGAAGACGUCCAACAUAUACGCAUACACCUUUAUAUAUAACGGUAUAUGUACAUAAAUAGAUAUAUUCUCCACAAAAAAAUGAUGCACACAUACACACCAACAUAGACAUGCUGAUGUUAAUGUUUACUCUCCAAUAAUCACAUCUGCACACAUGCUGGCAAGCACAAAGAUAAACACAUCCAAGCACACAUACAUUUAAGCACAAACAUACACACACACAUACAGACUGGCCCGAGGGCAUGGACCCUUAUUGUACAGUAUUUACCAAUGAGCAGAGCCUCAGCGAGAGGCUUGUUUUAUGAACUUAAAGACCAUUCCAAAUGGUUUUAAAAAAGCACCAGUUCAACUCCCAGUAAAGAACCAUUUUGGGCCAGCCAGAUAAAAAGACCAGUCACUCCCCUGCCUGCCACAGUAGGACCUCUCCUCUUGGACUCAGAGAGGUCAAGGAAGACUUUUAUGUAAAGCACAUGGCAGACUGAGUGCAUUGAGGCAGAGCACCAGAACAAAGAUGAUGUAAUAGCACCAAGCCAAGCACCAAGUGUCUCUUCCAAGUUUCUUGGCCUUCCUCCCUGUUAGCAGACGGGACUCAAUGAAACACUGAUGACGCUGAAGAAACAAGCACACUUUCGAUCCAAGUGCCAACCCAAGCAGCAGGACAGGGAAAUCAGGGUGUAGCCAUAGAGACGGUGAAUUAUGAGUGAAUAGGCAGAGGCAGGGCUGGUGCCGUUAAUAUAAUGGAUGGGCUGUGGUGCUGAUGUUUUACAGCGCCCUCUAAAUCACAAAGGUGGAAUUAGCGGAGAGCUAUUUUCCUGGACAGGAUACUUGAGACUUCAGAUGCUACCUACAGACACGAGUCAUGCAUGACUGCAGUGUCACACACAUACAUACAGCACACAUGCACACACAGAAAAUAUAAACAAUCUAUACCUGCAGACAUACACAUACCUGCAAUGCUAAAGAACCACCAUAUCUUCAUGAGUGACACUGAAGACUAUACAAGAAGACAAUGGUGAAAAUGACAAUGACCAUUAUGAUAAUUGUUACGGCAAUGACGAAUAUGAAGAACAAGGUAUAGACUUUUGGGGGAAGGGAGGGGGGGGCUCCUAUUGCACGUGAAUUAUCUUACUCCGUGUGAUUUAUACCGCGUUGAAACUCCAGAGGUGACAAACCACAAUCAUAAACUUACAACCUUGGCUUGAAGUAUUCCUAAAUACGCACUUCAAACGGAUUUUAAGUCAGUGGGAUUCAACCAUGAUUUAUUCUGUGAAUCAACUCUCAGUUCAAAGUGUGACCAUCUCGAGUGUGCUGCAUGCCUGAGUCUCUGAGCUGUGCAGUGAAAUGGUGGUCCAGAGGUGGUAGGUUUGUUUGUUUGUUUGUUUGUUUGUGGGAGGAGGGUGAGGAGGGGAAGGGAGGUGUUGCGGGUUGCAAUGUAACUCAAGUGCAACGCCUAGAUGUGCGCGUCCACCACAGGCCACGUCAUGUUUUCUAGCCUGAUGUCUUAUAGGCCACGCCCACUAUACCUGCUCUAACCAACCACCUAUUUUAUAGCAAAACCCAGCCGAGGAAAAGAAUCAAAAACAGAACAAAGUAAAUGUUACCAUGUGUUGCUAAUAGAUAGAAGAGGCCAGUUCAUGAUGCCAUUGACUAUAUGAUGACCUGAUUUGCUUUGAUUUCACUGGCUCUCCCUUUUCUCUCUUUCUCUUUGCGUCCUUUUAUCUUCAUGCUAUCGGUUGACAGAUUCAUCAAUAUUCAUGACAUGACCAAUACACAGACAGAUGGGUUUCCGAUCUGGGCUGCGGUAUAAUUAUCUGUUUAUGGACUUUUGCUGUGUCUGAGCCCUCCACAGCUCAAGAAUUGUAGCUCCACGAUAUAUCAAUACAAACAGUGCCAUGGCAUGAACAAGCCCCUCCAGAUCUUCCAAGCAGCGAAACCAACCAGUGAGAUGCAUGCACAAUUACGAUGGAAAGAAAGGAUAUGAAAAAGGCCUGUGAGAUAUGAAAGUAUAUUGUCCAAAUUAACAUAUUUCCUUAUUCUCCCCUUCCUUUACUGGCCUUGACCUCAUUUUUCUUCCCUUCUCUUGUUUUCCCCUUGUUUAGUAUGUUUCGCUAUUUACCCUCCCAGUUCCUUCUGUGUCUACUGCUUUCUUUCCCCUCUAUCUCUGUUGUGUUGCCAUCGGAAACAAAGGCGGUGUCUCAAUGGGAUACUACAUCUAGGUGUUCAUUAACCAUGUUUAUUUUCUAUAUGUACAAUUUUUCUACAGUAUUUACUUUUAUUUUUAUUGUUACGGUUCUUUGAUGAACAUAAAGUGGAAAUUUAUUAUGAAAAAUAGUUUUGAAGAUUAAUGAGUAAAUAAAAUAUUACCCAAGUGA